AUGGAGUUGGAGAAGAUAAAGUUAGAGGGAAUUACAAAUUUGAUAAGAUAGAAAUUAAUGCAAUUGGAGCUCUAAGGGAGUGAUCAGAAACUUCCUGAUGUUGAGAAAAGCAGAAUUGAGUAGGAUUAAAGAAUAGUAAAGUUAAUAGAAGUAAAACAUAAAACUAUUGGUUAGGGUUCAACUUAUGGAGAUAGAUCGGAGUGGAUUAAAUACCACAAAACUCAGGGAAAACAAUUUGAUAAAAAAUAAUAAUAUGAGAAGGCUCUGAAUGAGUAUUACUAGUCUGUGCUCGCAUUGAAUGAUAGCAAACUGUGGAGAGAGUUAGGUGUUUCUCUUAUUCACAACAUUCAAAUCUGUUUGGAGUUUUUGAAGUCACCUGCUACUAAAGAGUUAUUAGAUUUUAUUAUAUAUGUUGACAAGACCAACAUUAAGGCUUAUUUGAAAUAUGGCAAAUUCCUUAGCAGCAAUAAAAAAUAUACACUUGCUGUGCAAUAUUUUCAAUAAGGGGAAAAGCUAUCUGUUCAGAUGCAAGAUAAAGAGGCUCAGUAGGAUUUUCAAAAGCAAAUAUAGGAGUGUAGAAAACAGCAAAGCCAGAACAAAAACUGAGAAAGACUCUUAUUAUAUUU